GGGCCGUGGACAGGGACGUCACUGGAACGAGCCAACGGUCGAGACUACCAAGAAAAAAGAGAGAGUGCUGACUCACUGCACUCACGGUCACGGACUAGUUUGGGGAAUAGCAAGUUGCCCAGAGCACUGUGGCUACAAGCCAGCAAAGAAGUGGUUGAAGGACAAAAGUUUGAGGAAAGUCACGAUGUUUCAUAUUGUUGUCUUUGACAACACAAAUGAGGUUGAAGUUGUGCCUUCAGUCUGGAUAGAAAAUGGAGAGUGUAUGUGGCCUCCAAAUAAAAUUGAUGUGGCAAAAGCUGUAAAAUCUCAAGAAUGUCCUGGAGAUGGAUGGAUGCCCCAUAAGGCCAGAAUUAUCUUCACAUCACAUGACUACAAUGAAGCAAGGCUUAAACUACCUCAGGCUGUCGAUCACACUGACCUUGGAAGUGACGGAGGGGACUUGCCAAUUAAAUUUAAAAGAAAAAGAAUACGCAAGAAUAUUCUUUUCCCUGGGGAAGACGAUGACGAGAUGGAAAGCACCCUGAAAGUCACAUUGCCCAAUGCUCCAAAGAUCCCUAGGCAGUACAAAACUCCUACAUUAAAGCCAGGGAAGCAAGGCCAGAACCUCCAGCCAAGUGGCAACAGCAGUCCUGACUUCCCGCCAAGUGGCAACAGCAGUCCUGACUUCCCGCCAAGUGGCAACAGCAGUCCUGACUUCCCACCAAGUGGCAACAGCAGUCCUGACUUCCCACCAAGUGGCAACAGCAGUCCUGAGCCAAGCCCAAGUCAGCACUCCUGUACUUCCAAGUUUCCUUCAAGCUGUCACACCAACACUGAGAACCGGACGCCGAGGCACGCCAGCACCGAGAGCCGCCGGACGCCGAGGCACGCCAGCACCGAGAGCCGCCGGACGCCGAGGCACGCCAGCACCGAGAGCCGCCGGACGCCGAGGCACGCCAGCACCGAGAGCCGCCGGACGCCGAGGCACGCCAGCACCGAGAGCCGCCGGUCGCCGAGGCACACCGAACGAUCUAUACUCCCAUCAAGGCACCCCGAGGCACACCAGACCAGGGAGCAGACAUCCAGUCUGCAAACUUCCCUUCUGCGUAGUAUAUUAACAAAACAGGAAAUGAUGAUGGACCAACUGCGCAUCAUCUUUAAGACCCUACAGGGUAUGAAAGCGACUGAUGAGGCAGAGAUAGGCCUGGAUCGAAAUUUGUUGCCCGUCAAAGACGUCAGUUCUCUUCAGAACCUGGAGGAACAACUGCAGAGUAUUCCUGACCUCCAGAAACAGUUGGUGAACACGCUGGCUCUCAAAGGGGGGACUGACAUUCGUGAGUGUGUUUGGAGGAUUAUGCACGCAAUGAUUACAAACUCCUUGGCGAAGAAUAUCAACAUGAGAGGAAUAAAUGGAAAGAUUGGCUUUCAGCGCCUACAGAUAAGAGAUGUUGUGAUUGCUGCUGUGAGGCGUAACCGUCUGACAUCUGGGGCCACGGACCAAGAAAUAGAUUCCACCAUCAAAAGAUGGCUUCAUCUGGCUCCGGAUAGGGAUGGUGGCAGGAGGGAGAGGAUGAGGAGAAAAGAGCGUGAAGAGAGCAGGACAGCAGUAAACAAUUUAAUGAACUGAAACAUGGCAUAGACAUGUGUGCAGAGUACAACGGGUUCAUGUACUGAAACAUAGCAUGGAUGUUCAGAAGUUGUUUUUUGUCAAGUGUUUCACAAGUUUACAAGUGCAAAACCGAACUGAAUUUCAGCUGGAACAGCGGGAGGCCAGGACUGUGUUUGUUAUCCUGGACGAAAGUUGUGUGCAGAGUACAACGGGUUCAUGGACUGAAACAUAGCAU